GUCGUCCCGCCCCGACGCGUCCACAGCACAGCGACCGCCUUGCCUAGCGCUUAGCCGUUUGCGAAACCUUUUAUAGGGGACCGACAGUCUUGUUUCACUCCUCCUAGUCUGCCCUGCAUCAACUGACCAUGGCUAUCGCCAGUGCCCCUCCUUCGACCGUGAGCUUUCCUUCAACGGAGCCCAACUCUCCGUAUUCCCCCCCUCCGUCAAGCUAUCUUCAUCGUCCGCCCCAUCUUCCGUUCCGCCGGAUUUCCCUGCCAUCAUCUCCGAGCCUGCUCAACCGACAGUCGGUCGGAAGCUUAGCGUCGUUUGACUCGUUGCCGGAGGAGCAGAACGCGCCUGGUGCGUCUAUGCCUUCUCUUGUCAAGAAUGUCGUGAAGAAGAGCAAGUCGAGGCCGACGUCCCUCGAGGUACAGCGGAAGAGCCGGAAGAAGGACAAGGAUAGCCGCGUUGACGAAGCUAGGGAGGCAAAGAGGAGGAAGAUUAUCCAUGAAUUUUAUGAGACCGAGCGCUCGUACGUCGAUGGCUUGGAUCUCAUUUAUGCCCAUUUCUUGACACCGAUCAUCGAAUCUCUGGAGACAUCGCACCCCCUGCUAGAUCGCGUCGAAUUGACGUCCGUGUUUUCAAACUUCAUAGACAUAUGGAACCUCCACCGCGCCUUCUUCUCCUCGCUGUCUGCGUACCUCAACACCUCCCAGGGUUCUCCAUCCCCACCUCCGAUAUCGCCCAUCCUCCUGUCCCACUUCCCCUACUUGUCCAUGUAUACCCCCUUUGUCACCUCCUUCUCCACGGCUAUAGCAUCCUUGAACACACUUCUUUCCUCUAAGCCAGCCUUCGCUGCGUUUGUUGCCCAGCAGGAAGCCCAUGAACGUUGCGGUAGGCUGAAGCUGCGGGAUUGGCUACUGACCGUCGUGCAAAGAUGCCCACGCUACCUCCUGCUGCUCAAGGAUCUCAUUGGAUGCACCGACCGAGACGAUCCGGAGUACAAUUCUCUGACGGCUGUGCAUACUCUCGUGUCCAAAAUCACCGUGUCCUUGAAUACCUCCCUGCACACUCAUGCUCAAACGCUCGCCCUCCUCGCCCUUCAGCGCAGCACUCCCAACCUUCCCCCCAACUUCCAGCUUAUCAGCCCUGGUCGUACGUUCCUCAAAAGGGCACCCCUUCUCCAGCUGGACCGCUCUUCCUCUCCUAAAGAACGCGAGUUUCUGCUAUUCUCCGACGUCCUCGUAUGGCUUGCCUCCGCCGAGCGAGGCGACGGACAAGUGGACGACUGGGGACUGGGCAUCUCGCAUUCAAACUCGAACGCCGGCAGCAAGAGCGCCCUCACGCGCCCGCGCAUGCUGCGCUCACGGAGCAAAAGCGAGGCAGAGCUGCCGACGAUGAAGUCGUCGCCCCAGCUGUCGUCCAGUCCUGGCUCAGCGAUCUCGCCGAGCCCGAGUAAGAGGAAGGUCGCGCGGCAUGCAAGUAGCGGAAUGGAGGAGAAGUGGGUGUACAAGGGCCAUGUGGACUUGGUGGAUCUGGAUGUGGUGGUUAGUCCGACGAGGGAUGUGGGGGAUGAGAGGAGAUUCGAGGUGUUGAGUCCCGAGGCGUCAUUCGCUGUCUAUGCGAGCAGUGAAGAAGAACGAGACGACUGGGCCGCCGCCAUCCGCAACGCCAAAUCAUCCUUGCUCGUAUCGCUUAACGUCAUGCAUCCGAAUUCGACCCUCACUUCAUCCUCCUCCACGCAGCAUUUGCGACGGACUCUCCAGGCUCUUCCGCAUCUGCCGGAAGACGGCCAUAACAAGCCGAGGAGAGGAAAGGUCGAGCAUUUCGUUCCGGCGAUAUGGAUACCUGACGGGAAGACGGAGAGCUGUAUGCGGUGCGGGAGGACGUUCGGGUGGAGAAGGCGAAGGCAUCAUUGUAGGCUGUGCGGGAGGUGCGUAUGCGGGGCGUGUUCAGGAAGCACCUUCUUCAUCUCCGACCCUAACGCCAAGGACUCCAAUAAGCCUGCAAGAGCCUGUGGCGCGUGUUACGAGACUGUCUUCCCUAUCCUCGAGAACGACUCUUCACCCACCAACGCCAUGCCUCCCGCACAGACGAUCGGAACGCUCUCUGGUUUUCCAUCGUGGCAGUCCAUUUCGAUGCCGUCUCUCGCUCUAUCCGGUGUCGGCGCGCGAGCGUCGGCUCUGAUGGCUAUCGAUUUGGGUAGUCCCAAACGACCCUUGGAAGCGGUCGCGGAAGGUGAAUCAGGCGUGGUGACGCUGGACGAUGGGAGUGAGGUCGUCGUGCCCCCGCUGUCGAGGCUCAGAAGUAGGGCUUCGAAUCGACCAAAGAGUUAUGUCCAGAUACUGGAGGACUUCCAGGAGCAGGGCAUGGCCGCCUCACCUCUGACUUCAACUGGUCCUCGUCCAGGACCAGAAGACUCAACGAUGUCGUUGGCAGAGAAUGAGCAAGACAUCCGAGCGGGAGACGAAGAAGUGAUGUCCACGGCUGGCACGGGCAGCGCGCCGACUUCGCCGAGGAAGGAGGAUACGGCGAGGCGGCAUAAGCGGUUCUCGUUGCCUGUGGUCGCGCUGCAGACGACUGCGGUGACGGCGCGGCCGACUGAGGACCCGAAGUCGAAGCGGUUCUCACUAGUGCUCAAUGGGCGGAGCAGUCAUGCCCACGGGCAUGGGCAUCACGGCCAUGUUCAUAGCACGCACCACCAUCACGUCCAGUUCGCCCACCACGGGCACCAUGGGCAACAUGACAACCCAUCGGAGGUCAACGGGAAGAGCGGGGGCGCUGUUGAGGCGUCUGAGAGGAAGGAUCCUGGCCUGCGAGGCGGGGCGGCAGCCGUGAAGCUGAACGAGCUGCUGGGAAAGGCGCGAGCAUCAUGAUGGGAGGACGAUGUUUAUGAUUUAAUCGCAAGUGUAUAACUUGCUGCUGCUGCAUUUAUUCUCGCAUAUAAAGCUGAUCUGGACCAUGGUUCUUUCUACGAGGACAUGUAUCAUUGCCAGCUCUAUCUAUUCGCCCACUAUCGCAGCGUUAGCUGCUUCAUGCUUCGACAUGCUGCUCGCAAUUGCUUCUAUAUGUCAUUUCAUUGCUUGUAGCCACGCUGAUACAAUGUAACAACUAGAUAGACUAUCCACAAUACACGAAGCAUUCACGUUAGCUAUGAUAUAUGGAUUGUAUUCUCGGAC